AUGGUUCUGUUUGCAUGUGAAAGUGCUGAUGGCAUCUGUGGGCUCAAGUGGCUUUGCCAACUUGUGGGCCACCCUGGCAGUUGUAUGUGCUUGGGGGAGACACGCUGUUUUGCCCAUGACCUUCGGAGCUGUGCAUGGCCCGUACUCAGACGUGCACACCGUCUGCUCGGAAGCGGCCGGCUGCUAAAGAGGUUGCCAAGCCACACAGGGUGCGUGGAGGUCGAUCAGUUUGGGGCGUGUGACCUACGUCUUUGUGUUUCUGUGAUACCAGUGCUGCUAGGAGAGAUGGCGCUCGCAGCCUUUCGCGGAGUUGCGCUCGGUGCUGGAAGGUCUACCAGAUUGCUGGCGCGCCCUCUGGCACUGCCGGCAACGAAACUGCCACCAACGUUUGCACGAUUGCCCAUGCAGGCCUCGGCAUCGCGAUCCUAUAUCACAGUGCAGAAGUACUCCAGGGACGACGUGUUGAGCCAGCUUGAUGAGUGCCCUUGGAAAGUCAUGAGCACCAACUGGGCUGACUACCUGAUCCUGGUCUACAGCGUCCCUUUCUGGGAGGCAGAGCUGGAGAAGCUGACUUCGGUCGUCCAGCCAUACCUUCAUGAGCCUGAAGUAGGAGAGAAGUUCAAGACGGUCCAGGAGAUGAUGGAUGUGUUCUACCAGUGCGAGGAUGUUCGCGACCACUUGAAUGAGUUGGCCGAAUUGGCGACGCGAGCUUCGGGCUUCAUGGGAACUGGAUUUGCUGCCGAGGAGAAAGUCGAGAACAUGGACGAGCAUGCCAAGCAGGCGUCUGAAGCGUACGACAAGAUGUUGGAGAAGCAUCCCGAGUUCAAGCCGAAAAUCGAGCAGACUGUAGGACAUGGUCUUGCCAUCCUCCGUCAGAAGCACAAGUUCAAGUUUGGCAGCAUGCACCGCUACUUCUACUGA